AGGGUUCCCCGCUGCGCUCGCCGGGGAAACCCUCGACUGAGGAGCGGAACCUGGAUCUGGAUCUGGAGCAGCGCAGCCCUCAACGAGGAGGAGGAGGAGGCGGAGGAAGAGGAGGAGGAGGAGGAGGAGGAGGACGAGGGGGAGGAGGAGGAGGAGAUCGCGCUGUAAAGGCUCGUUAUUUCAUCUGAAUAACACUCGCAGAGCUAAUAUGAUCUCGCCGGGGGACGAUGCUUCUUGAGCUCUUUUGGUUUUGCACUGAAAUCCAAGCAGCGCAAGAAGAAGAAGGAGCAGCAGCAUCAGCAGCAGCAGCAGCAGCAGCAGCGGCGGCGGCGGUGGUGGUGGUGGUGUUGUUAGUGGUGGUGGUGGUGGUGCUCGUCCAAUGCAAAAGUGCUAAGGAUAGCUGCAGCCUACACACACUGCGAGCCUGCUGCUGCCUCACUUACUCUCAUCACCACCGAGGGAGACAUUACUAUGAGCGAGGGGGCAGCGGGAGGCACGAUCAGCCCGUCCACAAUGUGAAUCUCUGCACAGGGUCAACAUGAAAGCAGCGUCUAUCCGGAGAGAAGGUGAACUGCAGCACUAAAAACAGCAGGAACUGAGCGGAAACAUUGUGACAAGCGACGCCGCCAUCUCUCCCUCUCCAUCAGCCGGCAUCAUGGCAAACACUGAGUGGUGGCAUGUAACUAGGGAAGUGGAGCAGGCAGGUCUGUCAGACUUGGAGAUCAUCUCCCAGCCAGUGGAGGAUGAGAACCAGUGCUUGGCUCCUCCGGUCCAGCUGGUGAGUUUUGGCUACAGAGAUCUGCCCCUCGCAGCUCUGGACCUCUCGCUGGCCGGCUCGCAGCUCCUCUCCAAUGCAGACGAGGAUGAAAACAGGGACGGGUCCAACUGGCUGAAGCCCUGCUGUGGCCGUCGAGUGGCCCUGUGGCAGGUCUGUCUGCUCAGCGCCGGCUUCAACUGUAUCCUGGUGGCCUGUGUCAUCCUGGUGGUGCUCUUCCUGUCCUUGGAGCUGCUCAUAGACACCAAACUCCUACAAUUUUCCAAUGCUUUCCAAUUCGCCAGCAUUAUCCACUGGAUCAGCCUUAUCAUCCUGUCGCUCUUCUUUUCAGAGACUGUCUUCAGAAUUGUUGUGCUCGGGAUCUGGGACUACAUCGAGAACAAAGUUGAGGUGUUUGACGGUGCUGUCAUCGUGCUGUCCCUGGCCCCCAUGGUGGCCUCCACGGUGGCCAAUGGGCCCAGCAGCCCCUGGGAUGCCAUCAGCCUCAUCAUCACUCUACGCAUCUGGAGGGUCAAGAGGAUCAUCGAUGCCUAUGUGCUACAAGUCAAAGUGGAGAUGGAGCUGGAGAUCCAGCAGUGUGAGAAGACCAAGGCUGUGAGAGAGGAGCAGCUGGAGCGUCUCACUCAGAUCUGCCAGGAACAAGCUUUUGAGAUCAGGCAGCUGAGGGCACAUCUGGCCCAGCAGGACCUGGACCUGGCAGCAGAGCGUGAGGCAGCCAUGCAGAUUCACCACGUGUGGGGCAAACAGGGCCGGAGUUUUCAGGUUGUAGAGGGCUUGACUCCCGGGGAGUCUGACGACGAGGGCGGCCAGAGAAACCCCAGAGAGCCUCAUGCCGCUGCAGGAGCAUCAUCUCAAUGUCCACAUCUGGAGCAACCAGUUGUUGCUGAACAGAUGAAGUACAGGAUUCUCACUCAGAAGACCUGCAUAUAUCCAGUUGUACGUGAUGACAUGAACAACUACAUCAGCCAAUACUACAGUGAGGCAAGCAGUGAUGCUGGAGCUUCUGGCUUAGGUGCCCGGAUCAUCACUACGGCAGCCAUUGACGUUCACCUCCCCACCAGUACAAACCCCAUCCAGUCGAACCCGAUGCUGGCCAUGGAGCGGGUGGGCAGCGCCGUGAGUGAUGCCUCGACCAGCAUAUCACGGUCCAGUGGCAGCCUGACGGCCCGUCCUCACAGCCUGAGUAGCCACACCCCGGGUUCAUCCAUGACAGACUGCAGCAGCAGCACAGCUCAGGACCUCAGUCUGAGCUACAGCUCCCAUCGCUGCUGCCCUCCAUCCUUCUCAGGCCAGGAGCCCUGCAGGGACCCCAGCAUGGUGGUGCAGGAGCUACUCUCCUCCCUUUCUGAGGACUCCUGCCUUGCUCAAAAGGGCCUGGCGGUGGACCCUGUCAACCUUAAGCUUCCCAGCCCAACUGGCUCAGAAAAGGCCAGCCCUGAGCUGGACAACAGAAUAAACAUCUUCAACCGCAGGAACCAGGAGGAGAGGCGAGGCCGGGGCCGGGGUUGCGUGCUGCUGCAGACCAAGCCGCUGAUCCACCUGCAGGGCAGCAGCACCGAGCCGUCCCUGGAGGAGAAGUACCGGCUCCUGGGACCGGCGGACACGCCUCUGGGUCACAUGCCUGAUACAUAAGCUACAUUUACACAGAAACAGAAGUCUCUUCUAUUUUUACUGCCACCCUGUUCGGACGUUUGUCUGAACUCUUGUGGCAGGUCAGAGACCACACAAGACUUAGGAUUUUACUGUCGCUGUGUAAAUCCAAUCUUAGCCAAUUGAGAGCAAGCUUGAGCCUUAGCUUCCAGCUAACACUGAUGCUCCUCAAAUUGACAUGUGCAGAAGUCAAUAGUAGACAAAUGACAACCAGAAGUCGUAGGCCCUUUGCCAUAUUGUCCAGCCUCCCCUUGUUCCUCCUUGAUGGAUUUUCAGAAAUGCCCUGUUAUAGCACAACAAAGACUGUAACAUCCCGGUAAAAGGGGCGUCUAAUGUGUUUCCCGACACAUUCUUCAUCAGGAAUUCUCACUUUGAAUAGGUCCUAAAUGCACUGAACUUUACACGACUUAAAACCAGCAAGGGGCCAUUCAAGCCUAUACUGAACAAAAACUUUAACUUCUGAACAGUGUUGCAAACAAGACACUGUUCUCUGUUCUUGGAGGAGUGUUUUCUAAUGCUUUUUUUGUUGGUUUUUUUUGUUUAGAUGUUUCUUUUAAUUUGUACGAUCAAAACGUUGAUCAUGCUGUUCCUUGUUCAAACAGCCACAGGGUACGUAAGACUGGCUUUACUAUACAAAACAGCCAAUUUGGUUCUUUUUUUUUUUUUUUUUUUUUACCUUUGACCUUUCUGUCACCUAUUUUGUUUGAUUUGAAACCAUGGACCAUCAACGAAGUUUAUUGAAUAGUAUUUUUUUUGUUUUACUUGUUGAAAAAAAAAAAAAAAAAAAACAUUCGUAGGGUGUGUUUGUGUGGAUGAAAUUGAAAAAGGUAAGUUGAGUGGAUUCUUCACAUGAAACUAGAUCGGAGUGCUUGUAGCAUGAACCUUUAAAAAGAUAUGUGCCCUACAUGGCAAGCAAAUUCUUUGCACUUUAAUGUUUACAGACACUUUUUUUGUAAACUUGAUAUGGAGGAAGUUAUUGCCAAAUGCAGGUGUUGUCAUUUGAAUGAAAAUAGCAAAAAUAAAAGUUAGU